CCUGCUGCGGUCUUGCGUGCCCUGGAUGCCUUACGCGCCUGGUCCCAACACUGUCUCCUCUCCACGCUGCAACCUGCACCUGGCCGACUCUGCCCCUCCUACCGAUGCGGAAACUAAGGCCAAGAGGGUUAGGUCCCUGGCCCAGCAGAGAAAAGAUGGAGCUGAAAUUUGAACCCAAAUGUUUAGUUCCUACAGUAGCCUAAUAAUGAUUUUCAGUGCUUCCUACACCCUACCAAGACAUGUUGGACACAGAAUUGAACUGAGGGAGAACUGAAGGACUAAAAAUAUAAAGAAAGAGGAAUGUUCCCAGUGGUUUUACCUGGGUGAAUUCAAUCCACCUUUGUUCACAUUGGAGAUUAUCAGUUAUAUAACUGCCUCCCAGCUAAAGUGAUCUCUUCUCUGAUGGUAUCCAUACCCGGAAAACUUGAAUCCCAGGGUGUUCGGAUUUCUGCCUCACUGAUUUCCCAGAAUAUAUUUAGGCAGGGUCUGAUGCCUCAGACACAACUCCUCAGCCUAGCACCAUGGAGCUGGGAGGGACCUUCACCAUGCUUCUGACACUCUGCUUGUUUUGUCUGCUCAUCCUCAUUGCCUGGAAGCGGAUCAGCAAGGGGGGAAAACUGCCUCCAGGUCCCACACCAAUACCUUUCCUGGGGAACCUGUUACAAAUCCGUACAGAUGCCACCUUUCAGUCUCUCAUGAAGCUCAGGGAGAAAUAUGGCCCAGUUUUUACUGUGUACAUGGGUCCCCGGCCAGUAGUUGUUUUAUGUGGACAUGAAGCAGUGAAGGAGGCCCUGGUAGACCAAGCAGAGGAGUUCAGUGGCCGUGGAGAAUUGGCUUCAGUAGAGCGAAACUUCCAAGGUCAUGGUGUAGCUCUGGCUAAUGGAGAACGAUGGAGGAUUCUCCGACGCUUCUCUCUGACCAUUCUUCGGGACUUCGGGAUGGGAAAGCGCAGCAUUGAGGAGCGGAUCCAGGAGGAGGCUGGCUUCCUACUAGAGGAAUUACGGAAGACCAAGGGUGCCCCCACCGAACCCACUUUCUUCCUGAGCCGCACUGUCUCCAACGUCAUCAGUUCCGUUGUCUUUGGGAGCCGCUUUGACUAUGAGGACAAGCAGUUCCAGAAGCUGCUGCAGAUGAUCAACCAGAGCUUCAUUGAAAUGAGCACACCCUGGGCACAGCUAUAUGACAUGUAUUCCGGAAUAAUGCAAUAUCUGCCAGGGAGGCACAAUCGCAUCUACUACUUGGUAGAGGGGCUCAAGGACUUCAUUGCCUCUAGGGUCAAGAUCAACGAGGAAUCCUUUGACCCACAGAACCCUCGAGACUUCAUUGACUGCUUCCUCAUCAAGAUGCACCAGGAUAAAAAUAAUCCCAACACAGAAUUCACCCUCAAGAACUUGGUCCUCACCACUCUCAACCUCUUCUUUGCUGGCACAGAGACUGUGAGCUCUACACUACGCUAUGGAUUUCUGCUGUUAAUGAAGCAUCCUGAGGUGGAAGCAAAGAUCCAUGAAGAGAUUGACCAGGUGAUUGGACCACAUCGGAUACCAAGUGUGGAUGACCGAGUCAAGAUGCCCUACACAGAUGCUGUGAUCCAUGAGAUACAGAGAAUGACAGAUAUUGUGCCCCUGGGUGUCCCACAUAAUGUCAUCCGGGACACUCAUUUCCGAGGCUACCUUCUGCCCAAGGGCACUGACGUGUUCCCCCUCCUUGGCUCAGUUCUCAAAGACCCCAAAUACUUCCGCUACCCAGAUGCCUUCUAUCCCCAACACUUCUUGGAUGAGCAGGGUCGCUUCAAGAAGAAUGAAGCCUUUGUGCCUUUUUCUUCUGGAAAGCGCAUCUGCCUGGGCGAGGCCAUGGCCCGCAUGGAACUCUUCCUCUACUUCACCUCCAUCCUUCAGAAUUUCUCCCUGCGCCCACUGGUGCCACCUGCUGACAUCGAUAUCACCCCCAAGAUCUCAGGCUUUGGCAACAUCCCCCCAACCUAUGAGCUCUGCCUGAUGGCCCGCUGAGUGCCCCCUAUUGUGCCCAGAAGGAACCAUCAGGGAACAGACUCUACCUGAGUGCAGGGACAGCCCCCUCAUCUUCUCAAAUGAUCUCAACAACCCUAAGAGAAAGUACUAUUGCUACUCUCAUGGGGCCACAGGCUAGCGAGGCUCACCUAAAAAUACAAACUUGCAUAUCUUCCAUAUCUGAUAGAAAAGCCUGUCCAAUAUUCAGCAAGAGCGUGUGGAGUUUUCCUUCACUUGAUCACCUCUGGCUAGGUUUAUGUUUGUACAAGAUUCUAAUUGUAGAUCCCCUGUCUUUAUGAUGUUCCUUUGUUUUAGUUCUGAUCAUAACCUCAAUAUAGAUCACAUCCCCUUUCUUGAUCCUUAUAUCCACCACUUCCCAAAAAAGGCAUCAAGAGUUCAGUA